AUGGCUAUGCGCACUAGCCAGAUUCCAUCACAUCCUCCGCAGAGAGGUCUAGACGACUCGACAUCGGAGAAAGAGGAUUCGCCAUCUGAAACACAAUUAUCGACAUCUGGCGAUCCCACUGGUCCGCGGAAGGUUGCGAGUACAAGAUGGAGUUGUCCGACGGUCGCUGCCAUUGGGAUAUUAUGCAUCACCCUGCUAGCCCUCGGCCUCGGGCUAGGUCUUGUGCUCACGAAUGCGGCUUCUGCUUCUGCUUCUGCGCCUGCGUCUGCGUCUUCUUCCACUCCAGCUGCGCCUACUACUUCUGCCGGUAGCAUUCCGACCAGUGGAGCGAACGUCGUUGUGAUCAUGACCGAUGAUCAAGACCUGAUUCUCGACUCGCUGUCUGUGCAGCCCAACGUACGCAAUUUGAUCGGUGGCGAGGGUGUCACUUACAACAAGCACUACUGCACGGUAGCAAUAUGUUGUCCCUCGAGGGUCAACUUCUUCACCGGCAGAGCGGCACACAACACCAACAUCACCAGCAUCCGACUUCCUUACGGCGGCUGGACCAGGUUCGCAGAGCUUGGUUUGAACGAAAACUACCUUCCAGUCUGGCUCAGCGACGCAGGGGUGAAUACGUACUAUGCAGGGAAGUUUCUGAAUGGCCUGGACAAGUCGAACAUAGCUACUCCAGCGCCACCAAAUGGUUGGUCGGACAGCAGCUUCCUUGUCGAGCCCUGGACAUAUAAUUACCUCAAUUCGCACUACACCAACAAGCCGAAUGCCGCCACUGCUGCCGAUAUCACUGGAUACAAGGGCAUGCAUACCACUGAAGUGCUCGAGGAGAAGGCGUUGGCAAUGAUUGACGAUGCGGCCUCGAAGGGUGGGCAGUUUUACAUGCAGAUCGCCCCAGAGGUCGUAGAGUGCCAUGCUGACCCGAAUGAUGCGAUCAAUAGACCGGCAAAGUACGAGGCCAUGUUCGCCGAUCGUCAAGCACCUAGAACAUCGAACUUUAACCCUGUUGAACCAAGCGGCGCAUCAUGGGUGAAGGACCUUGAACUGCUAUCAGACGACGACAUCGCAACUAUUGACGAGAUUUACCGAUCCCGUCUGGGCAACAUGGCUUACGUCGACGACAUGGUUGGCAGCAUGAUUCAGCGUCUUGAGGACCACGGUCUAUUGGAGAACACUUAUUUCAUCUACACUAGCGAUAAUGGCUUCCACAUGGGCCAGCACCGGUUGCAUGCCGGCAAGAGAUGUCCUUACGAAGAGGACAUCAACAUCCCACUGCUCAUCCGAGGACCUGAUGUAGCGAAGGGCGCGACGUCGGAAAUCGUCGGUAGUCAUACUGACAUGGCACCCACAAUCCUCCAGAUGCUCGGUCUGCCGCUUCGAGAGGAAUUUGACGGCCAACCCAUCGCUUACACCUCGACUGACCUAGGCACCAGCGAGAAGACGGAGCUUGUCACCGCCGAAUUCUGGAACAUCGGCGGCGGCACCCCUCAAGCCGCGACCCCCGGAUCCUACUACAACAACACCUACAAAUCCCUCCGUUUGAUUAGCGACGACUACACGUUCCUCUACACUGUAUGGUGCACCGGCGAGCAAGAGUUCUACGACAUGCAAUCGGAUCCCGGACAAAUGAUCAACCGUCUCGCGAGCCCACCACAAGGCAUCGCGGCUGAAUACUACGGUCGCUCCGAGCAGAGUCUCUACGACCGCCUCGAUGCGUUGCUCAUGGUGACCAAGAGCUGUGCGGCGGAAUCUUGUCGGGAGCCUUGGAGCGUGCUGUUCCCUGGUGGCGAGAUUGGGACUUUGAUGGAUGCGAUGAACUCCGAGUAUGAUAGCUUCUUUGCCAACCAGCCGAAGGUCGGCUUUUCGUCGUGCGCGGACGGUUAUAUUGUGGAACUGGAGGGACCGCAGGACGUUACGCCGUAUACGUAG